CCUCCUAGGGUUUCUUCGUUUUCUUCAUCCUGAGCAGCCGAAGAACCCACGGAACGGGAAGAUGCCGUCGCACAAGACGUUCAUGAUUAAGAAGAAGCUGGCGAAGAAGAUGAGGCAGAAUCGCCCCAUCCCCCACUGGAUCCGCAUGAGGACCGACAACACAAUCAGGUACAAUGCGAAGCGUAGGCACUGGCGCCGCACCAAGCUAGGGUUCUGAGAUGGCAGCGCGGUUGCCUUUUUGCUUAACCUUGCUUUGAUUCGAUUUAGAGAUAUUUAGUUGUUUCCAAGAACGCAUCGAUACAAUAUUAAUGUAUUGUAUUUCGGUUAAUCUUGUUUGUAUGGAACUCAUUAAGAGUCUUAAUCAGUGAUUUUAGUUUGUUUUCCUGGAUUUUUAAA